GGAGCCGCGAUGUCUCCGGCGGCUUCGGCGGCUGGAGGAGGCGACCGACGGCGGCCGUUAGCGAGUGUCAGGGACGGCCGGGGCCGGGGUUGGGGCUGCGGCGGGCCGGCCGGGUUGGUGCUUCUCGUCCUGUCGCUGCUCGGCCUCGUGCUGUACCUGGUGCCGGCGGCGGCUGCGCUGGCCUGGCUGGCUGUGGGGGCUACCGCGGCCUGGUGGGGACUGAGCCGCGAGCCCCGGGGUUCGCGCGCCUUCUCGCUGGUUCGGAACGCCAGGCGUCAGCGAACACUACUCCUCUCGCCUCCGGCCAAGUCGGCAGUAAAUGGAAAUCUUCUAGAGCCGCGGAGCCUGUUGGAAGGACCCGACCCCGCUGAACUGCUCCUCUUGGGCAGUUACCUGGGCAAGCCCGGCCCCCCGCAGCCUGCCCCCGCCCCGGACAGCAGGGACCUGCGGGAGAGGCCGGGCCGACGCCCACCCGCCCGCACCGCGCCGCCCGCUCAGUCGGCGCAUCCCCGUGGUGUUCAAGUUCACCCCUUCCUCCCCACUCCUCUCCUCCGAUCCUCUAGGAGGCCUUCCCACCGAGAUUGUGGGACUUUAUCACAUCGGUUUGUAAUAACACCUCGAAGAAGAUAUCCAAUUCAACAGACCCAGUAUUCCUUGCUGGGGGUACUUCCCACAGUGUGCUGGAGUGGUUACCACAAGAAGACUGUGCUCUCUGCUCGUAAUUCCAAAAUGGUGUGCAGCCCAGUGACAGUGAGGAUUGCUCCUCCAGACAGCAAAUUGACUCGUUCUCCGAUACGAGAGCAAAUUAUCAACUCAACACUGUCCUCACCAUCAAUUAGUGCCCCAGACCCAUGUGCAAAGGAGACCGUACUGAAUGCCCUCAAAGAGAGGAAGAAAAGGACAGUGGAGGAGGAAGACCAAAUAUUUGCUGAUGGCCAGGAAAAUAAAAGAAGGCGCCAUGAUAGCAGUGGGAGCGGACAUUCAGCAUUUGAGCCCCUGGUGGCCAAUGGAGUCCCUGCUUCUUUUGUGCCUAAGCCUGGGUCUCUGAAGAGAGGUCUCAAUUCCCAGAGCUCAGAUGAUCACUUGAAUAAGAGAUCCCGUACCUCUUCUAUGAGCUCCUUGACAAGCAUGUACACAGGUGGCAUCCCUAGCUCCAGCCGCAAUGCCAUUACCAGUUCUUACAGUUCUACUCGAGGUCUCUCUCAGCUGUGGAAGAGGAGUGGACCCAGUUCAUCUCCCUUCUCUAGCCCAGCCUCAUCCCGCUCCCAGACACCAGAGCGGCCAGCAAAGAAAAUAAGAGAAGAGGAGCUUUCUCAUCAUUCUAGUUCUUCAACUCCAUUGGUAACAGACAAGGAGUCCCAGGGAGAAAAGGUUGCAGAUAAAACCACAUGGAAGAAACAGAACUCGUGGAGUUCCCCAUCAACACCUGGCAGCUCUGGGCAGCGUAAACGGAAGGUUCAGUUGCUGCCCUCCAGGCGAGGGGACCAGCUGACCUUGCCUCCACCUCCCCAGCUUGGUUAUUCAAUCACUGCUGAAGACUUAGACUUGGAAAAGAAAGCUUCUUUACAGUGGUUUAACAAGGUCUUGGAGGAUAAGACUGAUACUGCCUCAAACUCUGUCACUGAGAACCCACCUACCAGUCAGUCUUCUUUCACUUUUACCCUGCCUGCUGCUGGGACUGCUUCAUCCCCAACCUCCCUCCCAGCCCCAAGCACUAACCCACUGUUGGAGAGCUUGAAGAAGAUGCAGAAUUCCCCAGGCCUACCAUCCCUCCCCGAAUCUGCUGGCGUGGCAACCACUGUGGCCCAUUCGCCUCCGAAGACACCCAGCCCUCUGGCCCCUCUGGGCUCUUCAGAGUCAGCACCCCUUCCAGGCACCUCCUCAGACUCCAAAUCCACCACUGCUUUCUUGGAGCUGACCCCUGCUUCUUCCCCAGGACCAGUCACUGACGCCAAGUCGCCUCCAGACCCUCAGGCUGAGACAUCUGCCAAAUCGCAAGCCCCGUCCGCCCCAUCUCCCAGCCCCAAGCAGAGUAUUCUGUUUGGAAUGCUGAGCACCCCUCCUGCUGACCCUCCUGCCUCUGCGGCCCCUGCUGUGUCUUCAGCAUCUCCCAUGUUCAAGCCCAUUUUUGUGGUCCCACCUAAAAGUGAGAAUGAGGGCCCCUUGCCCUCUAGCCCUUCCAAGGUCACAGCCGCGGCAUCUUCCAGCUCAGCCGUCCCCAUGACGACCAGCAGCCCACCCCUCACUUUCAAGCCUAUCUUUAGCAACAUGGGGCCACCUGCAUCUGUGCCCAUGUUAACUCCUUUCUCCUUCAAGCAAACAGCUACUCCAGCCACUACCGCGAGCGCCCCUCUCUUCAGCGGCCAGGCUGGCACCACCUCUGCAGUGGUGUCCAUGACCACAGCCAGCACCUCCGCAGACUCUGCUCCGAAGCCCGCCUUCAGCUUCGGUGUGUGCACCGUGACCAGCACCCUGAGCAGUGCGACUAGCACCACCGCUUCCGCCUCCCAGCCCUUCCUCUUUGGGACUCCCCCUGCUUCCGGUGCCAGCUUCACCCCAGCUGUGGGCCCCAUAUUCCAAUUUGGCAAGCCCCCCGCCAUGCCCGCUUCCACAGCAGUUGCCACCUUUGGCCAGUCCCUUCCCAGUGCCGCCCAGACCGCCCCCAGCAGCAGCAGCAGCGGCGGCAGCAGCACGGCCAGCUUUAGUGGCUUCGGCAGCACCCUCACCGCCUCAGCCCCAGUCAGCAGCAGCCAGCUCACGCUGACGUUCAGUAGCGCCACCGCCCCAGCGUUCAACAUUCCCUUCGGCUCGAGCGCCAAGCCGCCUCCCCCGUCCUACCCAGGAGCCAACCCCCAGCCCGCCUUCGGGGCUGCGGAGGGGCAGCAGCAGGGGCCUGCCAAGUCGGCCCUCGUCCCCAGCUUCGGCAGCUCUUUCACUUUCGGAAACUCUGCAGCCCCGGCCCCAAGUGCGGCUCCAGCGCCAGCCCCGGCCCAGCCAGCCUUUGGUGGCACCGCGCAGUCGGCCUUCAGUGGUCUGAAGGCCACGGCCUCUGCCUUUGGCACCCCUGCCAGCACCCAGCCAGCCUUUGGCGGCACCACAGCUGCCUUCUCCUUCGGUGCAGCCACCACCUCUGGCUUUGGAGCUACAACCCAGACCGCCAGCAGUGGGACCAGUAGCUCAGUGUUCGGCAGCACGACACCGUCGCCCUUCACAUUUGGCGGACCGGCAGCCCCAGCCGGUGGCGGGGGCUUUGGGAUCGGUGCGGCCACCCCAGGCACCAGCUCUGCCUCUGGAGCGUUCGGCUUUGGAGCAGGACAGAGUGGGACCACUGGCAGCACGACCCCUUUCGGGGGAGGCUUGAGUCAGAACAGCUCAGGCGCGCCCAGCCAGAGCACACCCUUUGCCUUCAACGUGGCCAGCACGCCGGACAGCAAACCUGUGUUUGGAGGCACCUCCACACCCGCCUUUGGUCAGAACACCCCUGCCCCUGGGGUGGGCGCAUCAGGCAGCAGCCUCUCCUUUGGGGCAUCCUCAACACCCGCCCAAGGCUUUGUCGGAGUUGGACCUUUCGGAUCGGCGGCCCCCUCCUUUUCCAUUGGUGCGGGAUCCAAGACCCCAGGGGCUCGACAGCGACUGCAGGCCCGAAGGCAGCACACCCGCAAGAAAUAGCCUUUGCCCCUGCCCCCCCACACCCCCGCCACCCUUGCCCAAAUCUGGACCUCAGCACCUGCUAGGAAGAGCCUCUGACCCUUCCAGUUCCAUAACACAGACCUGCCCCAGACCUCUGGCUUCGGCCACCAGGGAGGUGGUAGCAGCCCCAGGGGCUGUUUCCCUCUUCCAGGAAGCAAAAGCCUCAGGCCUCUCGAGCUAGAAGGGGGAGGCAGGAUGUGGCAGGGCAGAAGCCUAUUACUACCUUACUUGAACAGUUCCACUGGUGAGGCUGGAGAGAACUAAAGAAACAUCUGUACAUAUCGUCUGCUGCCUUCCCUGACUCUCGUUUAGUGUAUGAGCUUGGUCAGGCGGCCUCCCUUCCCGCCUUUUUCCUGAGAGCCAACUUUUUUUUUUUUUUUUUUUUUGCGGUUCACGGGCCUUUCACUGUUGUGGCCUCUCCUGUUGCGGAGCACAGGCUCCGGACGCGGGCUCAGCGGCCAUGGCUCACGGGCCCAGCCACUCAGCGGCAUGUGGGAUCUUCCCGGACCGGGGCAUGAACCCGUGUCCCCUGCAUCGGCAGACGGACUCUCAACCACUGUGCCACCAGGGAAGCCCCUGAGAGCCAUCUUUGCCGGAGGGCAGCAGGUAGAGCCCUCACCCACUUGCAUCUCUGAUACGCAUUUGACGGGAUUGGGGGAUGGAUUAUCCCUAAAACUUUACCUUGCUUGGCUUGGCUAUAAAAAGUGGUUCUCCCCCUCUGGUCCCAUUAGGGGACUCUGUUUCCCCAUUUUUUGCUGCUUCAUCCCUUACUGGUUCCUUGCAGGAUCGAUUCCAUUUAAAAUGAUCCUGCCUCUAGCUUUGCCUUCGGAGACCCCAGUGGGCGCUGCUCCUGCUGUUCCACUUCCUCCUGCCAAGUCCGAGCCGGUGUUUCAUCCCCGACACUCUGCCAGUUUGGCCCCUAAAAGCUUGGUGGCUCAAGACUGUUAGCCUGGCAGACCCAGUGGUGAUACCUUCCCCAGGAGAGGGAAGCUCCUGGAGCAGGCAGGACGCCCCCACUGCUUUCAGCUGCCUCCUCGCCCACCGUCCCGUUGGCCUCACUGGGCUCGUCUGCCUCUCCGGGAUUGUAUGUCUAAAGCCUUGUCCUGUGUUAUUUUGUCUGAUGCUCACGUCUGUUGCUCUUUGAAUCGAGUUUGGAGGAAGAACUGAAUUGUAUGAGUGGCGGCAUGUUGGUAGUGCCGGACUUUAACUGUUUCUCAAGUUCCUGGGGCCUCGCUAAUUGAAUGUGGAAAGUAGCACCACUUUACGGCUACAAGUGCCGAGUCUUGAAUUUUCAAAUGGUGUUUUGACUUUAAGGGCUGGCAGCCCAAGGAGGAUGGGUCUGAGGGGAAGCAAAGGCCUUUUCCCUCUGCUGUUUCUUUCCCACCUGCCUAACUUCACUGUAGGCUAGGUCACUUGUAGUACAUAUUAGAAACCCUAAAUUAAUGAACUGCAGUUUAAAAUUGUGUCUUACUUCCUCCACCCCUUCCUUCCUUCUUCCUUGGCUCCAAAACCACAUACCCCAGGCCCAAAAGCCUUGCUGCCAUGCCCAUCCUCUUUGGGAGAAGUAUGAAUGCGUGUGUCUAAAUUAAAAGGAAAAAUAUUUAAACAUUUUUUAACAAAAUAAAAAUUUAUUUUUGUAUUUAAGCUAAAUUGCCUUUUAAAUUCCUUCAAGCUUGGUUCAUUGAGGUGGUUAAGUAUAAAUGCUAUUGACUAGAAAUUUAGCUGUAUAGUUAAGUUAUGCCUGUGUGAAGAAGAGGCUCAAAUGCUGUCCCAGGCAGCUUUCCUGAGGGACUAGAGCUCCUUCCGGAAACACAAAAUGUAACUCUUAUUUUCUAAUGUGAUGUAGAUGUAACUAGUCCCCCUCCCCUUGGUGAAUGAGGGUGAAUGUUGUGUGGCAGGGGACUGCGCCUCCCCAGCCCCAAGGAGAGCUGUUAGUACUUAACUGUUGUGUGUGGAGCUGAGCAGGGACCGGAGCCUCAGACACCUGCUAGGAUUGGAGGGGGGUGGGGCGCGGGUCUAGAAAUCAAGCUUCUGCCUAUACCUUACAUAAGGUAGCCCCUCUCAGCUUAGUACUCGCAGCUAGUUUACCUCAGUUCCACAGGCAGGACAGUUGAUCCAGGAGCCCCCUGAAGCGGGCGUCCUGGCGCAGCCUGAGCGUGAGUGCGGGUGUGGACGCAUACGUGCACUGGACAGGGACGGGAGGCUGGGACUUUCCAUUACAAAUAAAGACUGAAUUCCUGUGAGUCUAGUUGGAAUUUUUAGUAUGAACGUGAGAUUGUUCUCCUUGCUUAUGUUAUUAAAAAAAACUGUGAUCUAUCGUA